AUUUAUAUGUCUCUUCUCUCACUCUUUUGCUGCUUCUUCUUCUUCUUUUUCUUUCAACUCCAAAUGCCUUCACUUCCAUGGCCUUCAUGUUCGUGGUUUUGCAAAUGCUACUGCUUCUGCUGACUGGCAAUGGUAAUGGAGCUGUACUAGCUCCAGAGAAGAACCCAUAUGUUACUCCUUAUGGAAGACAGCAUUUCCCCCUAGCUGCCAUUGUUGGUCAAGAUGCGAUUAAAACUGCUCUAUUGCUCGGGGCUAUUGAUUGUGAAAUUGGAGGGAUUGCUAUCUCUGGAAGUCGAGGAAUAGCCAAGAUAGUGAUGGCUCGUGGCCUACAUGCAAUUUCGCCACCCAUUGAUGUGGUUGUUGGUUUAAUUUCAAAUGUAGAUCCAGUAUGUCUUGAGGAGUAAGGAUGCUAAGUUCUUAUUGGUUAUUUUGUAAUAUCAACAAUUGAUGUAAUGCUGUUUAUGAAUGACCAUAAAAUGAUUGUGUCAUGAGUCAUCUGUUUUCUACUCUCAUGCCAAAGUGAUUGAAAGGGUAAAGCAGGUUUUGCAUCAUCUUUCUUACAUGACAAGCUUAAGAAACUCUUUCUUGGGAAGUCAUAUGUUUGAUUCUCAAUUUUAAACUUUUUCAUCGCCUUUUAGUUUGCUUUUA